AUGACGCGUCCGCUACAACUACUUGUGCUCCAUAUUAUUCUGUACUCCUUAUGCGCAGACGCAGCUCCGUUCUCGCCCGAGGACCUAAUUGGAAUAUUCGCUAACCCCAUAAGGGAUUUUCUAAAGCUAUCGAUCCGUGUAAGUGAGGUCGAAACCACGACGAAAAAAGACGGAGUCACACCGCAAACGAAGAUGAUUGAUGUGCCUCCAAACAUCUUGUCCUGUGAAGAUGGAAGUAUGAUGGAUAAAAAUGGUGUAUGUAGAAGACCAUGGUAG